GUCCCUCGCACUUUGAGGAAUCCCACUUCAACCAGUCUUCCUAAAAAAAUAUUAUUAAAAUCGACAACUCAAAACCAUUAAAAUAAAGUUUUUUUCUCUCUCUCUCUCUAUAAAGGUGGCGGAGUAUUUGGGAGAACAAGUAAAGUGGCUCUAAAGCUGAAAAUAAACUGAAAGCGUUUCAUUGUCUCGUUCAACAAACAACAACACUUUCUACCAGAAAACUUUGCAGAGUAUUUUGGUGGGCGUUGAGAAGAUGGCGGCUAGCUCGACCCCACAGCCUCAGUUUAUGACAAACACUGGAAAUAGAAACCUUUCGAAUGAGCCACUUAUUGAUGAUAUCGAAUAUGAUCAGAUUGUUGUGCCCGAGAAGAGAAGCUGGAAGAACAUAUUUUCAUACAUUGGUCCUGGUUUCCUUGUUUCUAUUGCCUAUAUCGAUCCUGGAAAUUUUCAAACUGAUUUACAAGCUGGAGCUCAGUAUAAAUACGGGUUGCUUUGGAUAAUUUUACUGGCUUCCUUUGCCGCUCUUGUGAUCCAAUCCCUGGCAGCAAAUUUAGGGGUUGUCACAGGAAAGCAUUUAGCGGAGCAUUGUAGAAAGGAAUACGCAAAGGUGCCAAAUUUCAUCUUAUGGGUCAUAGCUGAAAUUGCUAUUGUGGCGUGUGACAUUCCUGAGGUUAUUGGGACAGCAUUUGCUUUAAACAUGCUCUUCAAAAUACCAAUAUGGUGUGGUGUGCUUAUCACAGGGCUGAGUACCUUGACUCUACUUCUAUUGCAACAAUAUGGGGUUCGGAAACUUGAAUUCUUUAUUGCGUUCCUUGUACUUACCAUGGCCAUAUGCUUCUUUGUGGAGCUUGGAUAUGCAAAACCCGACUCCUCAGAAGUUAUCCACGGGCUUUUCGUUCCUCAACUCAAAGGGACUGGUGCUACUAAGCUUGCUAUUUCCCUUCUUGGUGCUAUGGUUAUGCCCCACAAUCUUUUCCUCCAUUCAGCUCUGGUGCUUUCCAGGAAAAUUCCUCGAUCUGUCAAUGGCAUCAAAGAGGCAUGCAGAUAUUAUCUGAUUGAAAGUGGCCUGGCUUUGAUGGUGGCAUUUCUUAUUAACGUAUCAGUUAUCUCAGUAAGUGGUGCUGUUUGCAAUUCCCCUUCUAUGAGCCCAGAUGAUCGGGAGAAGUGUGAGGACUUAGACUUGAACAAAGCUUCCUUUUUACUCAAAAAUGUUUUAGGCAACUGGAGUUCCAAGCUAUUUGCAAUUGCUUUACUAGCAUCAGGGCAGAGUUCGACCAUAACUGGGACAUACGCUGGGCAAUACGUUAUGCAGGGUUUUCUUGAUUUACGACUGAAGCCGUGGAUUAGGAACUUCUUAACUCGAUGCUUAGCCAUAGUUCCAAGUUUAAUUGUUUCACUCAUUGGAGGUUCUGGCGGGGCUGGAGACUUGAUCAUUAUUGCUUCGAUGAUCUUAUCUUUUGAGCUCCCCUUUGCUCUGAUUCCAUUGCUCAAAUUCACAAGCAGUAAAACCAAGAUGGGUUCACAUGCAAAUCCAGUUGCGGUUUCAGCAGCCACCUGGGUUAUUGGCACACUAAUCAUGGGAAUAAAUAUAUAUUAUUUAGCAGAAAAGUUAGUUACCUCUCUCAAGGAGAGCCAUUUAGGAAAGGCAGUUAAGGUUCUCUGUGGAAUCUUAGGCGCCUUGUGUUUGUUAGUUUAUCUGAGCAGUAUCUUGUACUUGGCUAUCCGAAAAAAUAAGGAGAGCACGCAUCUUCUGGCGCUCACAGGGCAAGAAGGUUUACAAGUUUCUGAAUCGAACAAUCUACCUAGAGAAGACAUUUUGCGCAUGCAGUUGCCUCAGGAUAGGAGAACCACCAAUUGACAUGUUUACUGAAGGUUUAAAGGUAGCUGGUGCUGUGUAUAAUGCAGUUAGAACUCAUUUCGACUUAACCUGUUUUCGAUAGGCAUUAUUGCCAGUGAUCCAGAGCUUUAAUGUUAGAAUUAGUUUGAAAUGAGGAGUCCCAUCCCAUAUAGACUUUUAUAUAGAAAGAACUGCUGAUGCCUCCUAAUAGGCCAAUUAUGAAAAUAAAUUAGCUCUAUUAUCUAUGUUUCCUUGA